GACGGUAAAUUCUGGCCUUUGAAGAAACAAAUAAAUAAAAGCACCAAAUCAUUUCUACUCCAAAGACAGAAGUAGUUGGGUCAUGAAAAUUUUCCAUGGCAAACACAUGCAUCCCACGGAAAAUAUAUUAGUGGUUUUAAUUUUAUAAAGAGGGGCUUUCGCACGGUCAGAAGAGGGAAGAGAAUAAUGGAAAUGUGGUGGCUAUGGCGGAAUGUGCUGCUAAUUACGGCUGCAGUGUUAGUGGUCAUGGCGGCAGCGGCGGCGUCUGCUGGCGGUGGAAAUGUGACUUACGACGGAAGAUCGUUGAUAAUAGAUGGGCAAAGGAAGAUGUUGUUCUCUGGUUCUAUUCAUUAUCCUCGAAGCACCCCUGAUAUGUGGCCAUCUCUAAUAUCAAAAGCUAAAGAAGGUGGGAUAGAUGUGAUUGAGACCUAUGUUUUUUGGAACCUUCACGAACCCCAACCUGGACAGUACGAUUUUAGCGGAAGGCGUGACAUAGUAGCAUUUAUUAAACAAAUUAAAGCACAAGGUCUCUAUGCCUGCCUUCGCAUUGGACCCUACAUUGAGGGAGAAUGGACUUAUGGAGGUUUUCCCUUUUGGUUACAUGAUAUCCCUGGCAUUGUCUUUCGCUCAAAUAAUGAACCCUUCAAGUUGUACAUGCAAAACUUCACUACAAAAAUAGUGAACCUAAUGAAAUCAGAAGGAUUGUAUGCUUCACAAGGAGGCCCAAUCAUACUCUCCCAGAUUGAGAAUGAGUAUCAAAAUGUAGAAAAAGCAUUCAGAGAAAAUGGGCCACCUUAUGUCCUUUGGGCGGCAGAGAUGGCUGUAGGACUUCAAACUGGGGUGCCAUGGUGCAUGUGCAAGCAAGAUGAUGCUCCUGAUCCUGUUAUUAAUGCAUGCAAUGGGUUGAGAUGUGGAGAAACAUUUGUAGGACCUAAUUCACCAAACAAGCCUUCAAUCUGGACAGAGAACUGGACAAGCUUCUAUCAAGUCUAUGGUCAGAAUGCAACACUCAGAUCAGCAGAAGACAUAGCAUAUCAUGUUGCCCUGUUCAUUGCGAGGAAGAAUGGAACCUUCAUCAACUAUUACAUGUAUCAUGGAGGAACCAAUUUUGGCAGGAGUGCUGCUGAAUAUAUGAUAACAAGUUACUAUGAUCAAGCUCCGUUAGAUGAGUAUGGUUUAAUCAGACAACCAAAAUGGGGACAUCUGAAAGAGUUACAUGCUGCGGUUAAGUUAUGCUCAGAGACCAUACUUUCUGUAUUCCCCUCCAUGCAGUCCUUAGGUGAACAACAAGAGGCUUAUGUAUUCAGUGGAGAUUCUGGAGCUUGUGCAGCAUUUCUAGUGAACAUAGAUAACAGAAAAAGUGUAGUAGUACAAUUUCAAAAUUCGUCAUAUGAGUUACCUCGGCAAUCUAUAAGCAUCUUACCUGACUGCAAGACUGUAUCCUUCAAUACAGCAAAGGUAAGCACACAAUUUAACACAAGAACAGCAAUACCCGCCGUUAAGUUUGAUUCAGCUGAGAAAUGGGAACAAUUUCAAGAGGUUAUUCCACAACUUGAUGCUACUUCAAUGAGAUCAGACAUAUUACUGGAGCACAUGAAUACUACAAAGGAUGUAUCUGAUUAUCUUUGGUACACUUCCAGUAUCCAGCAGGAUUUGCCAGACCAGCAGUCAGUUACACUAAGUGUGAAGUCCUUAGGCCAUGUUUUACAUGCUUUUGUGAAUGGAGCACAUGCAGGUUCUGCACAUGGACAAUUCAGAAAUACAUCAUUUACUUUAGAGAGCACUAUUUCUCUAAAUAAAGGGACAAACAACAUCUCAUUACUAAGUGCAACUGUUGGCUUACCGGAUUCAGGAUCAUUUCUUGAACAUAGGGCUCUUGGUGUACAGUCAGUAAUUAUUCAAGACAACAACGAGGCGAAAAAUAUCACCAAUUACUCAUGGGGUUAUCAGGUUGGAUUAUUGGGGGAGAAGUUACAAAUUUACUCAUCUGAAGGAUCAAAGAGUGCUAAUUGGAGCAGCUUAAGCUCUUCUCAACCGCUCACAUGGUACAAGUCAGCUUUUGAUGCACCCGAGGGUGAUGAUCCUAUUGCAUUAAAUCUUGGCUCCAUGGGAAAAGGUGAAGCUUGGGUUAAUGGCCAAAGCAUCGGCCGAUAUUGGGUCUCCUUUCGAACACUUGCAGGCAUUCCAUCACAAACUUGGUACAAAGUUCCAAGAUCAUUUCUCCAACCAGGAGACAACUUAUUAGUCUUAUUCGAGGAGGAAACCGGCAACCCUCUUGACAUCACUGUAGACACUAUUUCAGUCACAAAGCCGUCAUUGAGAAAGCUUGUCUAGGGAUGAAGACAUUCACCUUCUCUCACUCAAAUAAAACCUUCGGGAGAUCCAUAUAAUCAGGAAUUCAUAAGACUCUGCCAGUUGAUGCUCCGCAAAGAUAGAAGAACAAUGUUGACCUUUCUUUGUUUGGGUGAGGCUCAGACGUGAUUUACAUAUAAAUGUUCAAAAUCAUAGGAAUGUAGAAAUACAGAACGAUAUUAUCACACAGGUCAUUGAUUCAUUCAAAUGAGGCACAUUGCUAUAAUCAGCAAUUUGAAGUUUACCUGUAUAGAUGAAAAGGUCACAAUAGAAAUGUUCAAGUUCCUAAAAUCUGAAUUUGAGAACCAUAUUCACGUCUUUUACAGUGCAAGAAUCAAUCGGGCAUUUCAUUGA